AUGUUUACAACACCUUGUUGGCUUUUUAUUGUCAUUUUGCCGUCUGUUUUUGGGUGUUGGUUUUCUGGUAGAACCAGAAACUCGAAAGAGGAUUGUUAUGGCCCUAGCAAACCCUUACCACCAGGGUUAGCGAGAGCAGCAGAGUUGCCGGAACACACCAUUGUUUGCCUCAGACAUCUGCGGAUGAUCGAGAGCCAAGACAAUCGGUGCUCUGCACCCUUUCAAGAGAAGCACUCAAAGAAACUUACAGAGAUUCCAGCGACACAUUAUGGAAUUAUUGAUAAUUACGGCCGAAAAAACGAAAACUUCCGACCAGGGAGCAAGUGGUGCCAUGCUUGUAAAAGGAAGUUUUACAAAAAAACAGAAGGAGAAAGUGGUAUGGCAAGAAGAAAACGAAGUAAGGUAAAUAUUGGCAAUUCCCUGGUUAGUUUGCAUUUACAUUUUACCAAGUCAGUAACAAGUACUUUUCCCCAACAUGUUCUUGUUACAUUCUUUAUAGAAAAUGGAUAUGAUGACCAGUUUAACGGAAAAGGAGACAGAGUUUUACCAACUUUACCAAAAGGAGGCUGAAAAAUGUCACACCCUGACAACACAAAUGGAGAUGCUGAAACAACAGCUCUCAGGAAUAACAGGUUUAACUAAUUUACUUUGCAUUGCUACAAUUAAAUUUUACAUCCCUCAACUAUUUUGCAUUUCCCAUAAAACACAUUUUGUAUUAAACGGUUGGGUUCCUUUAUUUUAGAAUCAACAAUUGACAAGAAGUUAGAGGAAUUUCAAAAGGCUCUUUACAGGCACCAAGUUACCACACCUGACAUAAAGAUUUAUGAUACAGAUUCCAUGAAACAGUUUGUGAAUAAAAACAGCCCCGGACUCUUUCAAGAUCUUCUUACCUGUGUUACAGGAGGUAAAAGCCUGUCUGAGAACAGAAGAAAGCUGCAAGAGCAGAGAGUAGUGGCUUUACUUCACAUCCUGGCUUAUUUUAGGUAUGUACUUUGAGUUUAGUGAUCUGGGAUAUAAUUUUGCACACAGUCAUUUAUAACUGGUAUAAUAACAUUUGUUUUAUUUGUCACAGAUCACAAAAAACGUCUGCCCUACAGAAGGACAGCGGACUGCAUGCAUCCAACUGUGGCAUGUCAUUACGGGGACUAUCUUCUGGCCAGGUGUUGGGAUACAGCACAACCCCCAGGACAAUACAGCAGUUAAAAACUAAUUUGACUGUACAACACACAAGCUUCAUUUGUCAACAAUUUCACAGGGUAAAUGAGGUGAGUCCCUUGGGUGUAAAUAUAUCUAAUAUCUAAAAGUUGUGUACCAAUUGCCCAAGAAAAAGCUUUGAAACAAAGAGAAUCAUCAUGAAAUCUCCUGAUACAGUAAAUAACAUUAACACAACAGUUUAUGUGUGUUGUGUUUAAUUUUGCUUUUUGUCUUUCUUAACAGCCGCAAUGCUUUAUAGUUUUAAUGCUUGAUGACUUCCACAACAUCCACUCACUCCAUACACCAUCACAGUUGGUACGGACAAAUGUCAUUCACAUGGCAUCCUGUUUGGCAGAUGUUCAUCCAUCAGUUCAUGCAGUCCCUAGGCCUGCAUUUCCCUUACACAGACAAGUGACAAUAAAUGUAAAUGGAGAGCAGAGGACCUGUGCUGGCGGAAUUGACAUUAACAAUGUCUUGCAAACAAUAACAAACUCAUUAAGGAAUAUGAAUAAACAGUUCUGGGACCAGCUACCAAGUUACAUGCAAAGCCUUGAUCCAGGAAGACUACAAACAGCACUACAUGAACUAAGGUACACAUUAGUCUUAUUUGUUACCCAUUUAUCACAGAAAAAUGUCUAUUACAAAAGAGAAAGACAACAGGUUAACAGCAAAAAAAAUUUUUUACUUAAUAAUUGCAAUGAAAUUGUAAAUAUCUGUAAUGUCUGUCUGUUGAACAGGGUGUACUCAGAUCCAACAACACAAGACAUUGAGACGCUCGAGACUUGUAUGCUAGUUGAUGAGUUUCAACAAGAUUUAAAGAGCAUGGAACAUUACAAGAUGGCCCUUGAACGUGUACUGAACAAAUGCCCUCAACUUAACCUGUACAGCAAGAAAUUUGUUGUACCAUUGCCUGCUGACUGGCCAGGGUGGUACUAUCCCAAAAAGCUGAUAGCAAGUGGAUGGAAUCCCAACAUUAGCAUAAUUCCAGAACAAGGGCCAUUUCAUGUGUGUCUGAAUGCUUAUGAAGAUGUUCUUUUGAAUUUUAAAUUUUUUUUUGACAAACUGUUUUCGUAUGUUUUGGAGGUACUUUGGCAUCGAAACCCAAACCAUACCAGACAUCCCUGUGUGUUACUGCUGCCUUACUUGGUUGGCAACUGAUACGACAAAAGGUACUGGAAAAGUUUGGAAAGUGCAAGCAACAUGAAUUUGUCACCAUUCUACACUUGCUUGAACAUGUUUUGCCCCUUGUGUUCUACCAGUAUAACAUUUUCAGAAGUGGUGACUUAAAGUUGUAUGAGAAAUUUAUGGCACAAAUAGCUAUAAUUUUCAUAUGCUGGAAAAGGAGACAUUAUGACAAAUCAACCUUGUCAUUUUUGAGUGAUUGUGCAUACCAGUGCAAACAUCUUCCAGAGUACUGGUCAAAGAAGGCAAGUGUUCUCAAACUGAUCACAGAAAAGAAGGUUGAAGUUUGGCACUCUGUACUGCGAAGAAACACUGAGAAGUUUGACGAUGCAAAAAGCAUUGAAGACACAGCAAAGUCUAUCGCAUCAUCAGGUUUUUUAAAUGAUUUUAUACAGUCCUUUGUUCCUCAAUACCACCGCGGUCAUGCUGAACCAAAAUUAUGGCUUAUCGCAGGGAAGACAGCAGAAUUCUUACUUGAACUGUUCAGGAGUGUCUCAAGAAACUGUCAGAAAUCACACCAGGUAACACUCCUAAGGCAAAAACAUAUCACAAAUAAUUAUUUAUAAUUAUUACAUUGUUUCUGGCAAGUAAAUACAGUGAACUAUAAAGUUUUAAAGGUGCCCAUAACACAGGUACCAUACGGCUUGAUAAGGAACUGGCCCUAUGUUCUUAAUAACUGAAAAAGAGAUGACACUGACAUUACUUCAUCUGAAAAGUAAUUAUCAGUUUUUGCUCUAAUAAUCAAAAGAAUUGGUAAAAAGUUAUACAGUCAAUCCACAGAGUAAGAAAACAAAGUUGUGAACUAAAACUAAAGUAAAGAAGCACAAUAAAAUAUGCAAAAUGCAUUGUGCACACACAUGUAAGUACACUUCAGUGUAUUCAUAUUCUACUGACCUCAUUUGGUUUUGUCUUUUUAGGUCGAACGCUCCCUUGCAAAUAAUGGAAGACCAAAGGGAAAGCCACAGUAUUAUCUCCCAACGUUUGACACCAUAGUUGACACAAAGUGUUUUCCACUGAGUUAUAACUUGGAGGAUGUGGAACCUGGCCUGGAACCUGACCCAAAUGUUUACUGUGAUUAUCCAACAUGCACAAGAAGAGAUACAAGUACUGUCAUGAGAUUGGCCUGCUUCCAUUGUUUUCACCAAUCUUGCAUUUCAUCGCAUGAUUGUUGCCCGAUCUGUCUGGUUCCACUGAAGAAAAAGGUGGAAAAAUUAGUGAACACAUUCAACACUGGACUGCUAACUUCUCAUGAUACUCUUACUUUUGAAAGUAAUGAAGACAUUCAGGAAGAAGAAAGAAUUAGUACACCAGCAGCAAUGAGUGUGACAGAGGCUCAGUCAUUUUAUUCCUCAGCAGAAUGGGCUACGAAGGUUGACAGCACAGUGAAUAGUUAUGCAGCAAUCCCUCUUCCAUCCCAUCCAAACCACAAUCACUCUUCAGCCCAGCCAACAGUACAUGAAUCCAACUCUAAUACCCCAUCUCAUGUUUUCACACCCAUUACCAUCCAACCCUAUCACAAUGGUAAUGUCACCUACUGGUCUUUCCCACAUAUCAUUUCUCAAUCUACAAUCCUUGGAAGAACAGGAAGUAAUGCAUGCACAUUCAUUGCCCUUUUAUUUAGCAAAAUGUUUUUUUCACCCAAUGUCAACAUUCCAGCAACUGGGAGUCCACUAAGUCAGACAUGGGUCUAUCAGAUAGUUGUGCAAGGCAUUUUGGCUGGGAACUCUAUCUAUGACUCAGUAACGAGUAUACCUCGAACAUUUGGUGUGUUGGAGGCACUUCAAACCUCUAGUGGUUUAAAUAACAUCAUUGGAAAUACUACUGUGGGACCUGAACUGCCUGUUAGCAUUGUCCCUGAGACGAAUCCCACAGCUUCUUUGCCUUACUACUGGAGACAAGCUCUAGCCAAAGGGCGAACAACAUCAGUAUUUAUCUUACGGUCCAACACAGUUGUCUUUAUUCCAACAACACAGGGAAUUUUUCUUUUAGACAGUCAUUUUCAUGGGAACAGUGGGGCCCAAGUUGCCUUUACAGAGUGGCAGCAUUCAUUUGAACUUCUCUCUUGGUAUAAGAGAAUUAAUGGCUUUCAAUACACACUUGGAACUGUCACCAACGUGACGUUCAACUAG